UGCUGGCCAUCAUUAACUGUGAACAAUUACACCAAGAGACCCAUCAAAAUACUUUUGAACAACUACACCAAGAGGCCCAUCACAAUACUUGUGAACAAUUACACCAAGAGGCCCAUCGCAAUACUUUUGAACAAUUACACCAAGAGACCCAUUGCAAUACUUUUGAACAAUUACACCAAGAGACCCAUCGCAAUACUUUUGAACAAUUACACCAAGAGACCCAUCAAAAUACUUUUGAACAACUACACCAAGAGACCCAUCACAAUACUUUUGAACAAUUACACCAAGAGGCCCAUCGCAAUACUUUUGAACAAUUACACCAAGAGGCCCAUCACAAUACUUUUGAACAAUUACACCAAGAGGCCCAUCACAAUACUUUUGAACAAUUACACCAAGAGACCCAUCACAAUACUUUUGAACAAUUACACCAAGAGACCCAUCACAAUACUUUUGAACAAUUACACCAAGAGGCCCAUCGCAAUACUUUUGAACAAUUACACCAAGAGGCCCAUCACAAUACUUUUGAACAAUUACACCAAGAGGCCCAUCACAAUACUUUUGAACAAUUACACCAAGAGGCCCAUCACAAUACUUUUGAACAAUUACACCAAGAGGCCCAUCACAAUACUUUUGAACAAUUACACCAAGAGACACAUCACAAUACUUUUGAACAAUUACACCAAGAGACCCAUCAAAAUACUUUUGAACAACUACACCAAGAGACCCAUCACAAUACUUUUGAACAAUUACACCAAGAGGCCCAUCGCAAUACUUUUGAACAAUUACACCAAGAGGCCCAUCACAAUACUUUUGAACAAUUACACCAAGAGACCCAUCUCAAUACUUUUGAACAAUUACACCAAGAGACCCAUCACAAUACUUUUGAACAAUUACACCAAGAGGCCCAUCGCAAUACUUUUGAACAAUUACACCAAGAGGCCCAUCACAAUACUUUUGAACAAUUACACCAAGAGGCCCAUCACAAUACUUUUGAACAAUUACACCAAGAGGCCCAUCACAAUACUUUUGAACAAUUACACCAAGAGGCCCAUCACAAUACUUUUGAACAAUUACACCAAGAGACCCAUCACAAUACUUUUGAACAAUUACACCAAGAGACCCAUCACCAAUACUUUUGAACAAUUACACCAAGAGGCCCAUCGCAAUACUUUUGAACAAUUACACCAAGAGGCCCAUCACAAUACUUUUGAACAAUUACACCAAGAGGCCCAUCACAAUACUUUUGAACAAUUACACCAAGAGACCCAUCACAAUACUUGUGAACAAUUACACCAAGAGACCCUUCACAAUACUUUUGAACAAUUACACCAAGAGGCCCAUCACAAUACUUGUGAACAAUUACACCAAGAGGCCCAUCACAAUACUUGUGAACAAUUACACCAAGAGACCCAUCGCAAUACUUGUGAACAAUUACACCAAGAGGCCCAUCACAAUACUUGUGAACAAUUACACCAAGAGGCCCAUCACAAUACUUGUGAACAAUUACACCAAGAGACCCAUCACAAUACUUGUGAACAAUUACACCAAGAGGCCCAUCACAAUACUUGUGAACAAUUACACCAAGAGACCCAUCACAAUGCUUGUGAACAAUUACACCAAGAGACCCAUCACAAUACUUGUGAACAAUUACACCCAGAGACCCAUCCUGACACUUGUGAACAAUUACACCAAGAGACCCAUCCUGACACUUGUGAACAAUUACACCAAGAGACCCAUCCUGACACUUGUGUUCCAGUUGAUGAAUGUUUUUCGUUUGCAUUUGGAGGAACAGAAAACAAUGGUUUCAGACUUCAAUAGACUUUGACAGUACAUGCAUCAGCAGACAGACCAGUCAGCUCAUCGGAAAUGUUGCCACAUUACAGGGUACUGUGGUCUGCCAGCUGUAGGAUACUGUGGUCUGCCAGCUGUAGGAUACUGUGGUCUGUCAGCUGUAGGAUACUGUGGUCUGUCAGCUGUAGGAUACUGUUGUCUGCCAGCUGUAGGAUACUGUGGUCCAUCAGCUGUAGGAUACUGUGGUCCGUCAGCUGUAGGAUACUGUUGUCUGUCAGCUGUAGUAUACAGAUGGAGUUGUUUUAGAGACAAAAAGUGUCAUGUAAUUUUUCAGAUUAAAAUCUGAUGUAUUAAUGUAAUAUCAACGAACUGCAUUUACAAACAUAUUUACCUUUCUUUAGGAUUAAAUUAUGUCAAGGAGAAGAUAUGAAGACAUUAUAACUAGGUUUAGGUCUAGUCUAUUUUGAUUUUUCAUGGAGGUUUUGUAUCAGAAAUGUUUGGACUUUGAGUAAUUUCAAAGUUAGUCUUUUGACUUGAGAUUGUCUGCCAAUUUUGUAUGAAUUUGUAUUGUUCUUUUUUACAUAUAAAAUAUGUUUUGUGUAUGCUGUGACUGUUCAGCAUGUUGAAAUCUUGUUGACUUUUAAUGAAACUGUGUGAGAGAGAUGUUGUUUUGAUGCCUAUGUACAUACACAUGUAUAUUCCUACACAUUAUGACUGACAAUACUUCAGGGCCCUGUUCCUCAAAGCGACUGGAGCUCAAAGGUGAUCGUAACUCCCCUAGCUUAACAUAGACUUCUGACUGUCAUAGCACUGGGAUCUCUUUGUGGAACAGGGCCUGGGUCGAAAGUUGAGCAUCAUCACUGCUUUGUUUUCAAAUAUCCCAAUCUUCCAUGUUUGGAAAUACCGACAUACAACAUACAUCUCAUAUUGAUAACUGUCCGAGAUAUCACCGAUUCCUGCUGUUUCGACCAGGAACCCGAUGGUGGCAGGUAAGGGGUCUUGUCAUAGCAUGCCAAGAAACAGAGGAAUAAUUUCAACAGGGUAGUCAAAUAACUAUUGACAAGGGAAAGUUACGGAGGAUGUCAUUAGAUCACAUCUUCCCGAGGCAAAGGAGUCAGCAGACUAUAAAAGUCCAGCUUUCACCCUUGCUGAGCUAUGUGGAAAGUUCUGGGCUCGAUCGUAGCGCGCACCAGUGUCUAUUAGGAGUUAUGUCCCUCCUAUGUCCCUCCUAUGUCCCUCCUGGCCAAUCAGAUAUAUCACUUGCAUUUGCUUCAAACAAAAUGGCGGACCAAGUCAAGACUAUAUCUAUAUCAAAAUCUAUAUUGGAAUUAAAAGGGUCUUACUUUCCGAAGUUCUUCAAAUCACGUGAGCACCUUAAUC